AUGAAAGCACAAAACAAAUGUAAAGUUAACUCGAAGAACUCUAGAGAAAAAGGCUUUAUAAGAGAGGAUUUCUAUGCUUACGUUAAGAAACUUGUAUACGUAUUGGUUACCACGACUGAGGUUGUGAUAUAUGAGUUCUUAGAUAUCAUAUGGAUCAUUGCUAUAAUAAAAGAUUCCUGUUAUUAUGGUUAUUCACAAGAUCCAAGCCCACCUAAAGAGGAAAGUUUAUCUAUUGAAGAUAAUAAUGCGCAAGAAGCUAAGGAAAUCAAACCAGAACAAUCAGAAUCAAAUCUGAAUGUUAAAGAAGAACUAAGUAACGAACCAUGGGAUGUAACCGCCUCUGGUGAUAAUAAUGUUAUUGCUAAGCGGGCACGGAUGAAUCGUAGUACGGACCUUGAAAAAAAGGGAAGGAAGGGUUCAAGUAAUGAAGAAUCUGAUAAUAAAACAAAGACAGUGAGAAAUAAAAAAGCUCAUACCUUUGUUUUAGAAAGAUUAGGUAAAUAUUACGAUAAAAGUACAAAUACAUAUAACGGUAUAAUUAAGGUAUUAAGAAAUACCGAAUUCUUACAAUUAUGUUAUUUGGAAAUCAAGUCUAAACUUGGUAACAUGACCAAAGGAUUAGAUAGAACCACCUUAGAUUCUAUAUCUAUGAAAACAUUUGAAAAUUUAUCUAAAUCUAUAAUGAAUGGUUCAUUUGACUUUAAACUAGCCAGACGACAUAUGAUUCUAAAGAAGGAUGGCUCUUUAAGACUAUUAGGUAUAUCCUCUCUAAUAGAGAAGAUAGUACAUAAAGGAUUACAAGUAAUUUUAGAUAUACCUCAUGAUGUAAUAAUGGACUCUUUAAGGAAUCAUAUAAAAUGUGAUAAAUUUUUAAUAGUAAUUAAUAAAUUAUUAAAGGCAGGGUAUAAAAACCUGGUAACAGGAAAGAUUAUGAAAUCUAAUAUGGGUACACUACAGGGUUCUGUAGUAAGUCCAAUGUUAGCUAAUAUUGUAUUAGAUAGAUUCGAUAAAAUAGUAAAAUAUUCCAUCAUGCUUGAAUAUACUAAAGGAAAAAGACGUAAGUCUAAUCCGGAAUAUGAUAAAUUAAUAUCUAUUCGGUAUAGUAGAACAAAAGGUCUAUUACAUACUCUAGAAGCUAGACAAGCUUUAUUAGAUAUGCGUAAGAUACCUAGAUAUCAAACUAAUGAUCUUAAUUUUAGAAGAUCUAUGUACAUUAGAUAUGCAGAUGAUUUUGUAUUUUUAUUGGCAGGUCUUUAUAAAGAAGCAUUAGAAAUAAAAUCUAAAUUAGCAGAUAUUUUAAAAGUUGAAUGUGGGUUAGAAUUAAAUGAAAAGAAAACAUUAGUAACUCAUUUAUCAAAAGGUUUUGAAUUUUUAGGAGCUAAUAUUAAGAAGUUGAAGUAUGACAAUGAACCAAUAUUUGUAUCUCAUACAAAAAAUGGUAAACUUGUUAAACAAAGACGAGCAGUUAGAUUGAGAUUAAAUGUACUGUUUAAAAAAUUAAUUAAUCGUUUAAUCGAUAAUAAAUUUAUUAGACGUAAUCAUUUAAACAAGAUCUAUGCUACUCUUAAGGAUUCAGUUAUCCUAUUAAGUCAUGAUCGUAUCGUAGAAUUCUUUAAUCAAAAAUGA